AUGGCAACCAGAAAAUGUUUGUAUGAUGCGUUUUGCGUGUUAUCUUCUUCUAAACAAGUUUUACACGAUUCUACAAUUUUAACCAAAGAAGCCAUUUGUACAUGGGUUAAGACAUCUACCAUAACAACCCCACUUUUAUCUCAGUUUCAAUGGUUUAAUGAUCCCAAAUGGGAAGAGGCAACUAGAUUAUCUGAGUCGGUGAAAAAUGGCACCUACAAAAGUGCCACUAAUUCCAUAAAUUAUAGUAGCAAGCCUGGUACAAGAAGUUUUUCUACUAGUAUAAGACGUUUAAAUGAUGAUUCCAACAAAAAAAAAAAUGAAAUCGAGGACGAUCAUCAGCCAAAAAAUCAAUUGGAAAGUUCUGAGGUCCCAACUUCCAGAUUAUCAAGAUUGUUUCAUUAUGGAUCAUUAGCAGCAGGUGUUGGUAUGUCGGCCGCUACUCAAGGUAUUUCCCAAUUAUCAAAGGGUAAGAAACCAGAUCUGAAAUCAUUAAUAUUGUCAGAUGCUAAUAUCAACAGAAUAACCAAAAAAUUUAGUAAAAUGAGGGGUGCUGCCCUAAAAAUUGGACAAAUGUUGUCCUUUCAGGACGAAAAGGUUUUGCCCAGAGAAUUGUACGAAAUACUAAGCAGAGUACAAAACGGUGCAAAUUAUAUGCCAAUCAGACAACUAAAUAAGGUUAUGUCUAAAGAAUUAAAAGAUGAAAAUUGGGAAUCAAAAUGUUUCCAAAAAUUUAAUAAAAUACCCAUGGCCGCUGCUAGCAUUGGUCAGGUUCAUGAUGCUGUAUUAGCUGAUGGUACCGAAGUUGUUGUCAAGGUGCAAUAUCCUGGGGUAAAAGAAUCCAUUGAUUCUGAUUUAAAUAAUUUAUUAAUGUUAUUAACCGCAAGCAGAUUAUUGCCUAAGGGGUUGUUUUUAGAUAAAACGGUGGAAAAUGCUAGAACAGAAUUGAAGUGGGAAUGUGAUUAUUUAAGAGAAGCUAGAUGUUUGAAGGCCUUUGCCAGACUUUUAAAGGAUGAUAAUGUUUUUGAAGUCCCCAAGGUGUUUGACGAAUUAACCACGGAGAGUAUUAUCACUAUGACUAAAAUGCAAGGUAUAGAAAUUAUGAAAUUACAAAAGUCCGCAUCACUAACCAGCCAAACCCGUGAUUUUGUAUGUGGCGAAAUUAUGAGAUUGUGUUUGGAGGAAAUAGCUGAAUUCAAAUAUAUGCAAACAGAUCCCAAUUGGGCUAAUUUUUUGUAUAAUGGUACAAAGAUAGAAUUGUUGGAUUUUGGAGCAUGUAGGGAAUAUCCGCAAGACUUCAUAACUAAGUAUAGAAAAAUGUUAACUGCAGCAACAUUAAAAGAUCGAGACACUGUUCAGCAGCUGUCGCAACAAUUGGGGUAUCUAACCGGAUUAGAAUCACAGGCCAUGGUUGAUGCCCAUGUAAAUAGUGUCAUGGUUUUAGGAGAGCCGUUUGCUACUCCCGGAUUAUUUGAUUUUAGCAACCAGACCGUCACUGAUAGAAUCAGAGGAAAUAUUGGAUUGAUGUUGAAUGAAAGGUUAUGUCCUCCACCAGAAGAAACAUAUUCGUUACAUAGAAAAUUCAGUGGUGUAUUUUUAUUAUGCGCUAAGAUGGGAGGUAAGGUUCCAUGUGCUGAUUUAUUUUCCAAAUAUUUUGCGUUGAAAGAUUAA